AAGCUCUCUCUCGAUUUUUUAGGCUCACAUGGCUUUCACUAGACAACCAGGUCGUGCAUCAAUCUUUCCAUUCACCCGUUUCCACCCUUCUCCAACGUAACCGUUCUCCCCGAGCUUUAAUCACACGGAUAUGUCUCUUGGCAGAACUCUCUCUGCGAGCUUGUGAAUGGGCGAAGAUGAGGAUUUGGGAAAGAUUUGGAUACGGCUGUGUGCGUAGCAGAAAUGGUUCUUCGCCCCCUACGUCCAACCCGCCAAAUUCAGCGUUUUCUUUUGGCCCGUUCAACUCUUCCACACAGAAGAGAUGGAAAAAGCCAGUAGAUUCUGCGCAGACGCGCUUAGAGAACAGAACCAGAGACCUCAAACUGGACAAACUACAGACCCAUCUCAACAUGCUCAACAUUGUCCUAAGACUCCAAGAACUGAUGUCCAAGCGAAGGGGUCCCUUCGUUUCGGUUCAACUGAUGUCUCGGUGGAAGAACAUCGCCGGUCUCAAUGUCGGUGUCGGCGUGUUUCUCCGGAAACGCCCGCACAUCUUUGACGUAUUCGUUCACCCGGUGAAGAAGAAUCUAUGUUGUAGAAUUACACGGAAAAUGGCGGAGUUAAUUAAGGAGGAAGAGGACGCCAUUAGGAAUUUGGAAUUGGAAAACAUUCAGCGUAUAAAGAAGCUUCUGAUGAUGUCCAUGAAUGGUACCCUUCAUGUUCAUGCCUUGGGGUUGGUCAGGAGGGAAUUGGGUUUGCCUGAGGAUUUUAGAUACUCGAUUCUUCGAAAGUAUUCAGAUAAAUUUAAGUUGGUUGAUUUGGAGAUAGUGAGUUUGGUUGAUAGAGAUGAAGUGUUGGGUGUUGCGGGAGUGGAGAAAUGGAGAGAGAGGGAGUACAAGGAGAAGUGGUUGAGCGAAUUUGAGACUAAGUAUGCAUUCCCAAUUAAUUUACCAACAGGGUAUAGGAUAGAGAGUGGGUUUAGACAGGGACUUAAGAAUUGGCAAAGGUUGCCUUAUGUGAAACCUCAUGAGGCAAAGCAGGUUGUUCGGGCUCGUAAUUGUGGAGGGAUUGAGCGGCUGGAGAAGCGGGUUGUUGGAAUUCUUCACGAGUUCCUAAGCUUGACGGUUGAGAAAAUGGUUGAGGUUGAUCGAUUAGUGCAUUUUAGGAGGGAUUUGGGUAUGGAAGUUAAUUUGCGGGAGCUUCUUUUGAAGCAUCCUGGAAUUUUCUACAUUUCUACCAAAGGGAACACACAAACUGUUUUUCUAAGGGAAGCAUAUAAUAAAGGGUGUAUGGUUGAGCCAAACCCAAUCUAUGUUGUUCGGAGGAAAAUGCUUGAUCUUAUCUUGCAGGGGUCUCGAAAUACCAGAGGAUUGCAAUCCUCUCAUGACAAAAUCCUAGAGGGGUACAGUGAGAAUGUGGAAUCGAAUGAAGAUAGGGAUGGAAGAGCAGUUGGAGACUGGGCUAUUCCAAUUUUGGAGAGUUUUGAUGAUUGAAAUCCUAAUAGUAAUCUAAGUGAGAUUGUUGAUUCAUCUGAGGAAGAGCUUAGUUGAUGCUGCACAGAUGAAAAUGGUCAAAGUAACCUAUGCACGGGAGGAUAUUUGCAUGACCAACAAUCUGGCGGUGCAUAUAUAUAUAUAUAUGUGUGUGUGUGUGUGUGUGUGUGUGUGUGUGUGUGUACAUUAGUAACAUGGUUCUCUUAAGAGUUGGACUGCACUUGCAUGGGCAUUUACAAGGUUGUCCAUACGCCAAGCUAGACAAUCAAAUAGUACACUUUUACUAGUUGAUUAUGCCAGGAAGAAGUGCACACUGUUGGUGAAGCACUGACAAAAGAUGCAGAGACUCUGUCAAAUGAAGCUGGCCUGCUGGCCCACCCGAGAAAAUGGGUAAAACUGCAUGCCUGCAAAUAAGAAAAGAGGGAGGGGCAGAGUGGUGGUAAAGCAAAGAAUGAAAAGGGAUUACAAAGCAGAGGAAGAUGGAUAACAAAGACGAUGAAAUGAGGGAAAGCAAUAGAGAGGAAGCAGGUAGAAGACAAAUGCAAUGAAAAAGGAAACUAGACUGAAAGAAGAGGAGAGCAAGGAAAAAAAAAAAAGAAGGAAAAUGAUGAAACGGUGGAGAAGGUUGGUGGGGAAAAUGAUGAAAAGGUGGAGAAGGUUGAUGGGACUAGGGAGGAAAAGAGAGAUUCAAAGAAGUGUGGGAGAAGGAGGGGUUUUCUGCAGUGAAUGUCCAAAUGAGAUGGAGCAGGACCCCUUUAACCUCGGGAACUGAAAGCCCAUUAUGUGACCCCAAAUCUGUAAGGCUUGUGGCGUCAAUUGAGAGGAGGGCCUCUUGAGGACUCCCACGCGAGCACAUAUAUAAAGGUGGCUGCAGAUUUUAACAAGGCUUGGUUCGGUGAGAAAACAAGGGAUGAAGUCCUAGGCGUCCAGCAUUAAGUACAUACAUCAGGAUGUAACGAAAUUAAAAGAAAUAGAAUUGAAUUUAUCACUCUAUUUUUUCAUCAUAUCAAUUAAAAUUUGCAUUCAAUCUUUUUUU